AAGACACUAGUAACUGGUCGGCAAUCGGACGCUGCACUUUUUUAUUCAAAGCUUUCUCGUGACCGACGGUCUCUUUUGCGCAACUCUGUGUCUGGAUGUUUCUCCGCCUCUACCACAUGCUUCCUUCUCAUGGGUCAAGGGGGCUCCUUCGCUAUCAUGCUGGCACUUGUGCCAAAUCCAAUAGAGCUCCCUUCCCCACCCGUCAGGAGUCACGGAUAGGCUUAAAUACAGAGACCGGGCAGGAGAUCAUACUCUCGUCCUACAGGCUAUCGUUCACCAUGAAGCUCAACAUUGUUAAUGUCAGUGUCGCUCUUGCUUCGCUUGCCGGAUCGGCCUUGGCAGGUGCAGUCUAUACUCUCAGCGACAACAUCGUUGGCGAAGGCUUCUACAGCUCUUUCAAUUUCGAGGCUAUCCCCGACCCAACUGAUGGGCGUGUGACAUAUGUGAACCAGUCAACGGCGCAGAUGCUUAACUUGACUUAUUCCACGAGCAACACCUUCAUCAUGCGCGCCGAUGACACUACAGUGUUGACCCCCAGCGGGCCGGGCCGGAAUUCCGUCAGGAUCCGGUCCAACAGCCAGUACACGCAGCACGUUGUUGUCUUUGAUAUGCAACAUAUGCCUGAAGGAUGCGGAACAUGGCCUGCUGUCUGGGAAACCAACGAAUCCAAUUGGCCUGCUGGUGGUGAAGUCGAUAUCGUCGAAGGCGUGAACAAUGUGGAGCCCAACCAGUCAACACUCCACACUAGCCCUAACUGCACCAUGCCAGAUUCCACUACCCAGUUAGGCACCACAGUUUCAACCAACUGUGACACUGCGGUCGAUGGAAAUUCGGGUUGUGGUGUGCAGUUAACAGAAGACUACAAUAGUUUUGGUCCAGGAUUCAACAGUAUCAAUGGAGGAUGGUAUGCUAUGGAGCGCACAAAUAGUUAUAUCCAGGUUUGGUUCUGGGAGAGGGACGAUGUCUCUGCUCCCUUUGAUGCUACCACCGGUGCAUCGAGCAUCGACACCAACCUCUGGGGAACUCCUGCCGCUUACUUCCCAAACACCGACUGUGACCUUGCGUCUCACUUUGAUGCCAAUAACAUUAUCAUUAACUUGACGUUCUGUGGCGACUGGGCAGGCAACUCAGCCGUCUAUGCUGCUUCUGGAUGCCCGUCAGACUGCGUGACCUACGUCGACAAUAACCCUACCGCGUUCACAAACGCCUAUUUCCAAUUCUCGUCCAUUAACGUCUACACGUAGAUUAUCGCA